UACAUAAUGUGCUGCUCACAUAAUGCAACUCCCCUCCCGCGUAAGGACAUCAGUGUUGGCUGCUACCCAGUUAAAAUACCAGAGGAUGAUGAGUUUUACACAGAAAAAGGAGUAAAGUGUAUGAGUGUCGUGAGGACAAUGAAGACGUACACAUUGGGAGGAUACUUGGGCCCUGCACAACCAGUUAGCUCUGCAAGCCACUAUCUAGAUGCUUCUUUCAUGUAUGUAUCUGAUGAGAGGCAUGCAACUAGAAUAAGGGAAUUCAGUGGAGGGCGACUUACGACACGGGUCCUUGCUGAUGGCAGAAAAGUGUUGCCCCAGGUCAGCGACUCAGUAGCCUCUUGCAGUGUGCCCUCUGAUGAAACAUGCUUUCUUGCUGGUGAUGACCGUGUGAACCAGAACCCACUCGUGGCCUUGGAGACAAUUUUGUUUGUGCGAGAACACAACCGAGUGGCUGACCAGUUGUCUGCUGUGAACCCACACUGGAAUGAUGAGAAGCUGUACCAGGAGGCUCGCAGGAUUGUUAUUGCUGAGUAUCAACACAUAGCUUACACGGAUUUCCUGCCACGGUUAAUAAGUUUGGUGCACAGUGCAUGUGACAGUUCCAAGUUGCAUGAUAUGAAUGUCACUUGCUGUGAACAGCUGGAUGACAGCCAUAAAACAUUCAAUUUGUGGCAGUUCCCAUGA